GGGUGGAGACUGGGCAGGUCUGGCGCACAUCAUUUCCUUUUGGACGCCGCAACCCUUCCUUCUAAAAGCGGUGCUGAACAAGUCACAAAGCUUAGCCGUAACAAUUAGCAUGUUCGUUUAACACCUAUUUUUAACGCUGUAUAUUGUACAGAGUUAGCUUCCUCCGUGUACGUCGCGGAAUAUUACAUUUUUUAUUUGCAUCAUGCCAAAUAUUGUUCUGUUUAGUGGGAGCUCUCAUCAUGAUCUCUCACAAAAAGUGGCUGACAGACUCGGUUUGGAAUUGGGAAAAGUCAUUACGAAGAAAUUCAGUAACCAAGAGACCUGUGUGGAGAUAGGCGAGAGCGUCCGCGGUGAGGAUGUCUACAUUGUGCAGAGCGGUUGCGGCGAGAUCAACGAUAACCUGAUGGAGCUGCUCAUCAUGAUUAACGCCUGCAAGAUCGCCUCCUCAUCCCGUGUCACUGCCGUCAUCCCCUGCUUCCCCUACGCCCGCCAGGACAAGAAGGACAAGGUGACUCCAGCCCCCUUACAGAGUCGUGCUCCCAUCUCAGCCAAGCUGGUGGCCAAUAUGCUGUCUGUGGCAGGGGCUGAUCACAUCAUCACCAUGGACCUCCAUGCCUCCCAGAUUCAGGGCUUCUUCGACAUUGCUGUGGACAAUUUGUAUGCAGAGCCUGCGGUUCUCCAGUGGAUCAAGGAGAACAUUCCAGAGUGGAAGAACUGCAUUAUCGUGUCACCUGAUGCAGGCGGAGCAAAGCGAGUUACAUCAAUCGCCGAUCGCCUGAACGUAGACUUUGCCCUCAUCCACAAGGAGAGAAAGAAGGCCAAUGAGGUUGACCGCAUGGUUCUAGUUGGGGAUGUGAAGGAUCGUGUGGCCAUCAUGGUUGAUGACAUGGCCGACACCUGUGGUACCAUCUGCCAUGCUGCAGACAAACUGAUCUCCGCCGGGGCCAUCAAGGUGUAUGCCAUCUUGACUCACGGCAUCUUCUCCGGCCCCGCCAUAUCACGGAUCAACAAUGCACCCUUCGAGGCCGUGGUGGUGACCAAUACCAUCCCCCAGGAAGAGAAGAUGAAGCAGUGUCCGAAGAUCCAGGUCGUCGAUAUAUCCAUGAUACUGGCCGAAGCCAUCAGACGGACACAUAAUGGGGAGUCCGUCUCCUACCUCUUCAGUCAUGUCCCCUUGUGAAGGAGGGACAUACCACAUGUAUUCCCAACCCAAGGCCUACUCACUCUGUGCCUGUAGCUUGCUUCCCAGUGGGUGGAGAGCCCUCUGGCUAGACCAUACGAAAUGGCUAAGCCCAUUUUUACUGGCAUUUCCACUCAAGGGUCUUGUUUUUUCUAUUUAUAUACAAAUAAUAGGUCCAACAGGAAUAGUAUAACUCAUAGGGGUUCAUAGGUGAUUAUUUGUACCAUUGUGCUAUGAAUGAAACAUUCCAGUAAAAGUGGAUUUAUAUACCACCCCACCCUCCCAACGAAAGCAACUAACAUCUAUCAGACUUAAAGAAUUUCCAGAAGUAUGAAUGAACAAGACUUUAAAAUUCUUCAACUGAACUGUAUGGAAGAAACAUGCUUGUAUGAACAUGAAUUAACAAUUAUAUGGAGUCUGGUUUUAUAAAAAGCUUUUAUUCAUUUUUAAACCAAAAACAUUCCGUUUUUUGCAUUUUUGAAACCCAAAUGCUCUUCCUAACAUGCUUUCUGUCACCUUCGAUAAAACCGCAUAAUAAAUGCAGCAUUAUCUGUA